CCUAGAACAUGUGUAAAAAGCGGCAUUAUGCAUGUGGAUAUGUGAUAGUUACAUGAGCAGUGAGAAAGGGGUCAUAGUCAAUUCGUCAAUAUCAACAUACAGGAAACCGGAAAUUGCGUUGAAAAGCGUCCGUUGAUUAGCAAGGACCCACAGUCCCACACCACUACGAUUUUGUCCCAGCUAUGGAGCACCAACAAAACCCUGAUCACCACCGUGGCGGAGACGGCGGUGGCCGAACAUACUGUGUUACCGGAGCAACAGGUUACAUCGGAUCAUGGCUUGUGAAGUCUCUCCUCGAAAAAGGCUACUCCGUUCAUGCCACUGUCAGGAAUCCCGGUUCAGCGAAUUGUGAUCAUUUUUUGAAGUUAUGGCGAGGUGGUGAUCGAUUAAGAUUGUUCAAAGCUGAUUUACAUGAAGAACGGAGCUUCGAUGAUGCUGUGCAAGGCUGCCAUGGCGUCUUUCAUGUUGCUGCUUCCAUGGACAUCGUUCUUCCACCUACCAACAAUCACGAUUCUGUUCAAUCUAAUAUUAUCGACCCAUUGAUCAAAGGAGCAUUAAACAUUCUCAAAUCUUGUUUGAGAUCAAAAUCUGUCAAACGUGUUGUUUUCACUUCUUCUAUCAGUACCAUGACUGCACUAAACAACGACGGAGAAUGGCUGCCGGUGGUCGAUGAAUCUUGUCGGAUUCCCAUCGAUGUUGUCUGGAAUACAAAAUCAAGUGGUUGGGUUUAUGUACUCUCAAAGCGUUUAACUGAAGAUGCAUCAUUUCAGUUCGCAAAAGAAAACGGCAUUCAUCUAAUCUCCGUUGUCACAACCACCGUAGCCGGCCCUUUCCUAACUCCGGCAGUCCCCUUGAGUAUUCGUUUUCUUCUCUCUCCUAUAACAGGUGACUCCGAUCUUUUACCUUUAUUAUCAGCUGUGAAUUCAAGAAUGGGUUCGAUUGGUUUGGUUCAUACUGAAGAUAUAUGCAAUGCCCACUUGUACCUUAUGGAACAUGAUCAAGCAGAAGGAUCGUACAUCUGCUGCACUAAUAGUUGUACAUUGUCUCAAUUGGUUCAUUAUCUUGCAAAAAUAUAUCCUUCUCCUAAUUUACACAGAGUUGUAAGGGCAGAAAUGGGAUCAGCACCUAGUGAGAUAAGUUCGAAGAAGUUGAAAGAUUUGGGUUUUAGGUACAAGUAUGGAUUGCAUGAAGUGAUACAUCAAACAGUUGACUGUUCUAUUGACGCUGGCCUCCUACCUCCAAAUAAGAACAAGAGUACAAGUCAUGAUGCAAUGAGUACAACCCAAUUACAAGCCUCAUAAACAAGAAAACUGAAAAGUCUACAUCCAAGAGUUAUUGCCAACUGCCAUUCACAGCAAAUCUUUAGUGUUGUCAAUCUUGAAACUGUUUUAAUCUAUUUAAAAUAUAUGUACCACAGAGCAUUUAAAGCCAUGCAGAUGCUUUAAUAAGUUGUACCUUCUCCUAAAUGGU